AUGGGUAGAUUUGUGGCCGAUGAGAUCUCUGAGCUGGCUAAUAGGCCAGCGAACAAGGAUUACGACAUUGAAGACGGUGACGCUGGAGUCUUCGAGCAUAGGGAAGUUGGUUCUAGUGAUGAUGAAGUGUAUGAGACCACUGAAGCGAACAGUGAGGAAAAGGCUCACUAUGCGGCAGUAGGGAAAUCUAGAUUGAGAGAUGACAGGAUUGAGUUGGACGACGAUAAGUACCAAGGAGCGGUGGGUUCUCGAGAGGAAGUCUUUGGAGAAGACAGUGAAAACGAGGUUGAAGGUGAGAGUGAAAGUGAUGCAGUUUCGCUGAGAACAGAUUCCGAGGACGAACUGAUAAGUGAGGAAAGUGAAAGUGAGGCCGAAGAGGUUAGUGAGGCCGAAGAUGCCCAGUACAAAAGGGAGCGGUUAGCCAAACUGAUACAACAAGAGACUAGUAACGCGGUAAAAAAACUCUCUGAAACAACCCGAAAGGAUGCCGCCAAGGGCCUGUGCAUUUUGGAACAAAAUAGACUGUUCGAGAAUAUCAUUGACGUGCGAAUCAAAUUGCAGAAAGCGUUAAAUUCUGCUAACAGCCUACCGGUGACCACAGAAUCCUGGAAAUACUUGAAGAGCGACAAGACCGAUAGUUUGGUCAAAGAAUCUCAGAAGCUGUUGACAAAAGUGCUCAAUCAAAUGAUCGAUUUCAGAAAUGAGUUCCACAUCAAGGAUCAUAUCUCCCAGGAAUCCGAGAAAGCGGAAAGGCCACAGAAACGGUCUAUAAGUGAUUUGACAAAGGAAACCGACAGAUUGGACGACGAAUUGAGCGUCUAUAGGUCUGCUGUGCUCAACAAGUGGUCGACGAAAGUCGCCUCUGCCUCAGGAAGCCAUGCUCUAACCUCUUCAAAGUUCAAAGCUAUCAACCAACCGGCAGACGUUCAGGUGCGGAAUCAAUUGGCAGACACUGAAAGAUUACUAAAGCGGACCUGUCUGAGCAGAAGAGGCAUCACUCCGUUCCGAUUUCACGAUGAUCUUAACAAUGGGAAGCUGGAUCAGAUAGCUGCAAAAGAGACGCAGGACGAUGAUGCUGAAGAUGCAGAUUUAGAUAUUCCCCGCAACUACGAUCCCAGGAAGAAAGAUAACAAUGCCUUCGAUACAGCCGAGAAUCCCUACAUUUUCGACGAUGAAGAUUUUUACCGAGUUCUAUUGAAUGAUCUUGUCGACAAGAAGAUCUCAGAUGCUAGAACCGCGAACGGGACGAGUGCCAACAUAGCCAUAACCUCACGCUCGACUAAGCUCAAGAAGAAUGUCGAUACCAAGGCAUCCAAGGGUAGGAAGCUUAACUAUUCAAUCCAAGAACCGAUUGCCAACUACGAAGCUCCUAGGGAAUCUGGCUACAAAUGGUCGGACGAACAGAUCGACGAGUUUUUCGCUGGUUUUCUUGGUCAAAGAAUCGAUUUCGCGGAGCAUGAAGAGACAGCGUUGGAGGAAGAUGGAGACAAGGCUGAACAGGAGCUUAUCAAGAAGGAUGACAUUCAAAUUUUUGGUUGA